AUGACUUCCCGGAUACGAUUCAUCGAGAACGAGAUGUAUAUCGAGAUGAUACGUCCUCAUUUUGACCCUAGUGUCGAUUACCAGCAACACCAACAACACCAACAGCAUCAUCAGCAUCAGCAACAUCAUCAGCAGCAACAACAACAACAGCAGCAGCAUCAACGACAGAUAUCUAAGAUUGUUAGUAGCCCUCCACCAACGAUAAUAAGCACCGCUAGUGGGGCAACAAUGUGUGUAGCAAAGCUUAUUAUUGGUCUGGAGCAUGCUCCACCAGCGUUCAAUGUUCGAUCCCGGGUGCUUGGGGACGGUGGUACUAAUUUGAAUUACAUCCGCACUGAAACUGGUGCUAUGGUUACUCUACGGGGUCGUGGGUCAAUGCAUCUUGAUCCGCAAACCAUGCAAGAAGCACCAGAACCGUUGCAUCUUUUCAUCGAACACUCAUCAUUGGAUGGUUUACAAGGCGCUAAGCAACUGGCAAAAAACUUAAUUGAAACUUUACAAGAUGAAUUAUCGUUCUUCCAAGAGAACAAUGUUCCGAAGGCAAAUUUUCAGAUAAUGCCCCAGCCCAAUAUAGUUCAAACGUCGCAGGUAACUCAGAUGCCCCCGCUCAUGCGGACCCAGCACGUAACCCAACCAAAUGGGAUCAUACACCAGCCGCCACCGACGGUUCUUCCGCCGCAAAGUUUUGUGCAACAUCCGCCAUCUUUACCACCAAGUCAGCCUCCACCUCCGCAAAUAAUACAGCAGCCUCCGACGAUCAUUCAAUCCCACGUGCCUGUACAGAUACACCAACAACCAAAUAAUGUUGUAAUCUCACAAAUUCAAACAGCACCACCACCGCAGCUGGCGAAUGUGAGUAAUCCUCCACCAGGAACGCAGAUACGGCCACCCAUAGUACAGAUCAAAAACUCGCCAACGCCGGCACAUCUGUCCCAACCACCUCCGGCUAUCCAAAUUCAGCAAACACCGGCAGAAGCCCCACAGCAAAUCAUCGUAAAUCCUGCACCUCCCUUUCAAGUGCAGUAUAUACAACAAAAUCCUUCUAUCCAAACUAGUAGUGGACCGCAUCCUAAUGGGCAGGUCACGAUUCAGCAUCUCAUACAACCGCAACCUCAGCCGGUUCAGGGUAUCGUACAAACAACGUUACCUCCGCCCCAAUUUGAUCACUUUCAAAGGCCACCGCAAACGCAACAAAUUAUUACUGUACAGGGCAGUACGGCGUUUAUGGUGCCACCACCAAACAUCAUGCAUCAAACGGCCCCACAGCCACAGAAUCAAAUCAUUUUUCAAACUCAGCAACCGAUUCUAACGCACCAUCCGCCCCCCGAGCUGACGCCAAUGGGGCAACAGGCGACGCUAGCGCAAGCAUCAGGAAUGGUGUCGAACGGAGCAGACGAUAAAAAGGUGGUCAGUGGUCCCGGAGAAAUGCAGAUUAAAUCGGAGUCGGUCAAAUUAGACGAAGGACCCUCGGCUGGAACCCUGUUGCAGCAAAUUCCAGCCACUAAUCAGCUCGCCAAAACAACUGUGAUUCCCGUUUCGUCGAUGCCCGGUAUACCGAUUAGUCAACCGCCACCACCAAUCAUGUCAGUGCCUCCACCGACCGUGCAGCAUAUAGUCGGUAAUACAAUAAUCACUUCGCAGCCGAACCCUUCGAUCAGUCAUGGUGGUAUCCCACAGCAAAUCUUUAGCCAAAUACCUGUCUCUAUACAAUCGUUUGCCCCCGGACCACCGCAGCAGAUGCAAGUUAGCGGAUCGCACUUUGUCGUUAGUGCACCACAACCGUGGCCCGUCGUAACCGCAUCAGCUGCUGCACCACAAAUACAGCAAGUCCCUGUUAGUUCCGUACCGAGCAUUCAAAUUACCACGCAACCAAUGCGCAAUCCGAAUGAGAUACACAUCAUCAGCCAACCGACGAUCAUCAGCGCCACUGAAUAUCGAUCGCCAGCGCAGCAGCAGCAACAAAUAAUUACUACUAGUGCAUUUAAUCCGCAAAUACAACCGCCUCCAGGAGUGCAAGUGCAAUUCCAUACCGUACCGCCACCAACGCAGCAGAUCAUCACAAGCUUGCCUAAUGCUCAAACGCAACCUCCACCACAAGCUCCUCCACCGCAGAUACUGGAAAAUCAGCCAGGACCUCCACACCCGGCACAACCACAGCAUCAGAUUAUCAUCAAUGCUCCGGUGCCUCCCCAGCCUCCUCCACCACCACAAUCGUUUGCAGCUGUUCAAUAUUCACAACAAGAUUCAUCUAAACCGAAUGUUGAUCAGCUACAACAGCGACCUCCCCAACAGCCGCAGCCUCCCCAACAGCAAUCUUUAAACCAUCCCCCUCAAUCACAAGCGCACACUCACAAUAUACGACUUGGGCAAAAGCGUAAAAUGUCCGAAGACGAUAUACACAAAUCAAUGCCGCCCAAAAUCGGAAUGGGAUUAAUUUACGAUGCCAAUACGUGUAGGAUGAAUGGUGCUGGAAGACAUUUUUUAGUAGGAAGCCACAGAGGAAUCUUGACUCCAGCACAAGCAAAGUGUGUAAUGUCAUCGGUAUCGACGGGGACGGUAACAACAACGUCAACAUCGGGCGGUGGCCUUAUAUCGUCUCAGAUAUCUCCAGAACAUUUAACAGACUUCAGGAGGCGGAAAUGAAGAAUGGUGGACCGAGCAGCAUUCCGGCAAUAGCAUCUUUAUUCUUCAGCAUGCCAGCCCAUGCUCUUGUGUCGGUGGCUUAAAAUUCAAUUCGUUGAGAUGCAAAAAUACCCAGAAAAACAUAAAUAAAUUUUACUAAUGUCCUCAAUGGCGCUAAUUGCAACGAUUGAAAUCAUAUUAAUAGGGCAAAAAUCAUAUGCCGCGAGAGUAAAAUUCCCAUUGACAGCAACAGCUUAUUUUAAAAUCUGACACGGAGUCAAAAGGAAUUAUUCGUAAAUUUACUAGCUGCAUUGUAUUUCUCGAACGGUGAUAGCUGUGAGAAACUAUAGCUUUUAUUACCGUGUGUCGCUCGAAAUAGUGUAGCUGCGCUAACAACCGAGCAGGAACUUUGUUACAAACAAGCAUAACCCAGGUUGUUUUGUAGGUGAAACAUACGGUUGAUAUUGUUAACUGUUAACUUAUUCGUGUUCUUAGAAGGAAAAGGGCGUCACUCUCUUGUGCUUAGAUACACGAGUAUAGUUUAAGGAGUCACGAUUGUACAGUCUGGCAAGGGAUUGUGUGAGCAAAUUUGUAUGAUACUGUAAUUACAUAUUUUUGAUUUUGUAAACUGCGUUUAACUGCU